GACGCUCUCACAAAUUCCCGAACGUGCAAACGCUCUUCGCCAACGCCGGGGCCAAAGAAGGCCGAAUCCGCCUCGUUCUACGAAAGGUCAGCAACAACAACGACCAUCGAACGGAGAAAAAUUUACUGUGGAGCUUCACGUUAUUUCGGACUCGGUGCACCAAAAGGUGUUUAGAACAAAUGAUGAACUAAUUGCUUAUUUGGCAGUCCUGACAAAUGCGGUGAACCUAAGAUACCUGGACAUGAGAAAUCCACAGAUAAGCUUUAUACUCGUCGGUAUCACACGUAGCAAGGACGACCCUUUCGCCACUCAUAUGAAAGGCUACCUUUCCUCUCCACAUACAUUAGAAGGGUUGAGGUUAUAUAACGAACAAGGAAAAAUACCGGGAAAGCCGGACGUGGUGUACCUUGCAACCGGCCAAGAUCUUGCAAAGAUGAAAGAUGGAAAGCUGAGUACCGGCGUAGCAGGCCUCGCAUUUGUUGGCGGUGUCUGCACAAGUACUUUUGUUAGUGAAGGUGAAGACACUCCUAUGACUUACGACGGAACCCAAGCGAUGGCUCAUGAGCUCGGGCACUUACUCGGGUCACCACAUGACGAUGGCUGGUCCAAAGAUCCAGAAUGCGCGUGGGACCAGGGAUACCUGAUGAGCUACGUGGACGGUGGAGUGAAAAGCUAUCGGCUUUCUAAAUGCAGUGAAGACAAGAUACGGAGCAUAUUCAAGAUGCUAAAACCCGAAUGUAUAGAGGUCAAGGCGAACCAAAACUAUCAGAAAGACCACAGGAAGUUCCCUGGCCAAACAGUGCGCGAAGAGUUCUAUUGCAAGAAGAUCUUGAAAAAACACAACGGAAACCGAAACAAGGUGAUUGUGAAAAAGGAUCCGCAAUUCACCAGGAGAUGCAAAAUGAACUGCUGCACUAGGCAUAUGAAUGGCCUUUACUGCAUCCGAGCAACCAUACCAGCUGGCAUGGCGUGUGACCGAGGAAAGACGUGCAAAAGAGGUGUCUGCGGAGUCCACACAUGGGAACAGUUCAAGUGACUUUGCACCUUCUGAAUCUAACUAUGGGCUAGCACAAAUGAAGUAUAAAUUUCUGAA